AUGAAAAAAGAAUUUGAAAAAUAAAAGAAGAAAUAUAUUGGUCUGACAGAAAUCUUUAACAAAAUGAUAUAGAUUACAUUGCAAUCUUAAAAAAGCAUAACAUUGAACUCAACAGUAUAAUUGAUACUUCUCUUUAUAUGUAAAUUUUAGUUGACAUUCUUUUUGUUUUAUGUUAAUUAUGAAUGGUAAGAUGCAAAAAAUUUAUAUAUGUUUAACAAAGUUUUACUUUUAAUAUUUCGAAUUGAUAUAUUCUUGUAAACAUUUGAAGUUAUCAACAGGUUUGUUAUAUAUUUGAUACUAAGUAUUCUAAUAAUUGAAAAGCUUUUUUGUGGUUUUUUAUUAUGGGAUGGGAUUAAUAAAACGAAAUAUAUAUAUUUAAAUAAAAUACUUGGGAUUUAUAUUUAAUUAUAUUAUGGAUAGUUUCAUAUUUUAUUUACAACAUUAACUUGUUUAUUCUUAACUCAUUAAUAUAAUUAAUUGUAAGUAAAUAACAUUAAUUAUAUACAUUUAUUAUUUGGAAUUUUAUGUUUUUUAUUAUUGUAAUUAGAAGCAAUUUAUCAUUUAUUAAUAAGUGAAUAAUCAAUAGAUGGAAAAAUUAUAUGUUUUGAUAGAUUAAGAAUCACAGUUAAAGAAUACAUUAUUUAAUUUUUAAAUUUGAUUAUCAUCAUUCUAUUUUCAGUAGUAAAAAAUUCUGAGAUUGUUUUAUGGAUAAUUCAUUUAUUAGUAUUAUUAAGUACAUCAAUAAAUAUAAUUAAUAUAUAAGAAAAUCAAACAAUUAUAGAAAACAAUAAAAAGUUUAUUAUUUACUUUUCUGAUUCAUUUACUAUUGUUUAUAUCUUUUAUUCAUUAAUCUAAUAAAUUGUUUAAAGAUAAGAUUUUUAAGUAUUAAUUUAUACAUUCUUUUCAUUUCCAUUAUUACUAAAAAUAAUAUUAAAAUUUGAUAAUUUGAUCAAUACAAAAUUAGAUCAUUUAGCAUUUUCUAAAUCAAAAGUAGACAUCUUUGCAAUAACUCAAUUUUUAAUAAAAAAGUAAAAUAAUUAGUUCUAACCUGUAUUAUUUAAAUUAUAUAUCCAUAAUUAUCAUUUAAAAAAAUGUAAAAAUGUAAAAUGUAUUUGUAAUCAAUAAAUAAUGUACUUAGAUCCUAGAGAUGCAGCUACACUUACAUAAGAUAUUGAUAAAGAUUUUGUUCAUUAAAAAUUAAAACAAAUUAGAAAAUAUCUUUUUACUUAAAACAUUGCUAACAUAGAUGAAAUAUAACAUUAUACAAUUAUGUAUGGUAUAUUAUUAGCAAAUAAUGGAUGGCCUAUUUAAUCAAUAAAACAUUUUAAUUAGUUAGUGUAUGGUAAAUCUAGUUCUAAAAGUUCAGUCAUAAGUGUUAACUAAAGUCUGUAAAAUCCUCAUUCUUUUUCAGCAACUAUAAGAAAAGAUUCUUCAUCUUAAACAUAAACAGAUCCUGAAAAAUAGCUUGAUAAUAUUAAAAAAAGCAAUAAAGCCAAAUCUUAUUAAUAUUCUAUUCCUUAUUAAGUCAAUUUUGAUUAAAUAUAAUUGUCAAAAAUAUUUUAUAUUUAAAAUGAAAUCAAAGAAAACUUAAGAUAUUUGUUUGGCAAUUCUACUUUAACUGCAGAAAUGCAUAAUUUAUCUGAAUAAAUACAAAUUUUUAUGUAAUAAGAAAUGAUGUUAGAUAAGUAUGUCAAUGAAAUUAAGAAAAUAUUAAAAAUGAAACUAAAAUAUUUUGAAAAUUUAAUGAUUUUAAUAAAGGAAAAGAGAAUGUCAGAUCUUAUGAAAUAAUUAAUGAAUAUUACUAAUAAAAUGAUUUUAUUUAAAAAUUCAUUAUAAUCAUAAUAUGAAAUCAUUUAAAGUAAAAGAUUAUAAUCAUUAUAAAUAUUUUAUGAAGCUGAAGUAUUUAAAAAUUAUUUAGAUGCAUUUAAAAUGCAUAAUUAAUCAACUCUAUCAUAAGAAUAAAUAUAAAUAAUUAAUAAAAAUCUCAAUAUUAAUUUUAAUUCAAAUGAUAUGAGCUAUAUUAUUUUAUAAAUAGAUGAUGAUCUUUAAAAUGCAGAAAUACUAAAAUAUUCAUCAAAUAUAUUAUAAAUAAUUGAUUAUAAUUCUAAUGAAGAAUUAACUUUUGAAUAAUUAUUAUUACCAUUUAUUUUAAGAGAGCAUCCUUUACUAAUUUCUAGAUUUUUUAAAAUUGGAUAAUCAAAAUAUUAUAAAUAAUUUAAUUAAACAUUUAUAAGAACAUAAAAUAAUAUAGCAAAAUCUAUUGCAUUUACUUUCGAUAAUAUUGUUUAACAUAAGCAGGAUAAAAUUAUCUUAGUUGGAUUGUUGCAAGAAAUAAUAAUUCAAUAACCUUUUAUUAUGAUUGAUGUAAAUUAAGUAGUAGGUGGUAUUACUAAUGCUUUUUUCUCAUUAUUAGGAUACAAUUAAUAAUUUAUUGAUACCAUUUGUGAUUUUUCAAUAUUUUAUCAACUAAAGAUUUCAUAAAUAUUUCCUAGUUUUAAUGAUAUAACUUAAAAUGAAGAUUAAUAAUAACCAAUUAUGAAAUUUAAUAAUGUUGAUACUUAUUUUAUAGAUUUAGAAAUAUUAAUUAAUGAAUUUACUAUUGAAAACAGCAAUACUUUAAAAUAAUAGUCUGUAAUUUUAAAUAAAUUAUGGGGUAGAUAAAAUUGUACUAAGUUCUAUUUAACAAACAUUACAAUAUAAUCAUAUCAUCUUUAUGGAUUUUAUUAUUACAUAAUACAUUUAGAUUCAUCAUUUUAAAAAACAGAAGGUGUAAAUAGCAGUAAAACUUAAGAUAGAUAUAGUGAAGAUAGGAAAAAAUCAGAGCUAUCAUAAAAUUUUUAAAUAAGUCAUUUAGAUAUGUCUUUAGAAGAAGCAUAACCAGGAACAAUCAAUUAGAUCUCAAUUUAAAGUAGAGAAGGUUAUUCAGAAAAAAGUUAAACUAAAAAUAAAAAUAUAAAUUUAUUUUAAGUUUAAGAAGUUUUAUAAGAAGAUGUAGAAUAGAAAGUAGAUUAAUAUUUAUAAGUCCUCUCACCUAAUAAAAGCACAAGUUAAUUAAUUGAUAAUUAAAGAGAUAAAUUUAUUUAAUAAACUAUACAGUAAGACUAUUAUACUGUGAAUACAAGUUAAAAAUUAAAUAAAUUGAAUCGAAGCAAUGAUCAUAAGGAAUAAAAUAUUAAAGGAGAUUAAAUAAUUGGUCAACUCUUUAGAGAUUCUUUGAAAAAUACUGAAUACGGUGUAGGUAACAGUGAAGUAAUAAAGAAAUAUGAAUUAUUAAGUAGAUUAACAAAAGAAAAAACACCUUAAAUACUAAAAUUAGCAAUUAGUACAAUAGUGAUUUUCAUCUUGAUAUAAACUAUAUCUCUAUCAUUAGUUGUCUCUAUUCUUAAUAAUGAUAUUCUAUAAUUUAUAUCAGAUGUUGAGAUUAUAGCUUUACAUGCAAGCAUUUAAGGACCACAUGACUUAUUUUUUUCAAUGCGAAAUACUAUCUCUGCAUAUCAAUAAAUGGGAAGAGAAGGCUAUAUACCAAAUUCCAUAGUACCAAAUUUAACUGCACCUUAUGAAAAAAAUUUAGGAUUAGGUUAUUUUGAAUUGAGAGAUAGUUUUUAUAAAUAACUUGAUAAUGAAUAUUUAAGAGGUUUUCUUGAUGGAGAAAGUAUGGAAUUAUUUUUUAUGAAAAAUAAUGAUACAUAAAAUUAUGCUAUAGAAAUAAAGACUUUUAGAGAAUGUUUGUUUAUUAUUUUAUAAUAUCAAUAUGCAUAAAUGAGAGUAUUGUAAAAUAAAUUGAGUGCUUCUGGAUAACCAUUUUAAGUAUUUUUAUUUUCUAAUUAUUACAAUAUUCAAGAUAAACUUGAAAAUAUAACAAAUGAUAUAUUGUAGUAUUCAAAGACAAGAAGUGUAGAAGUUGGUGAGAAAUGGAGUUCAAUUAGUAUUUGUUUUUCAAUUUUAAUUUUAGUAAUAGCAUUUACUAUUGUAUUUUAGCUUCAUUAAUAUUAUAAAUUAUAUGAUAGAUUUUUAUAGUUAUUAAAUUUUAUGGAUAAACAAAAAGUUUAAUUUGAAAUUGAAAAAUUAAAUUAAUUGUUAAAAGUAAUAAUAUCUAAUUAAGAAUGUGUUUAUUCUUAUUAAUUUGAUCUUUAACAUUAAGAAUCAUUAAUGUAAAAUUAUGUUUCUUUAAAUAAAAUAUCAAAUACUAAGAAAAAUUUAGAAAAUAAUUCAUUAAUCUAAAUUCCAAGAAGAUAUUUUUUUAUAAUUUGGACUAUUAUUGCUUGUGUUUUUUAAGUUUAUAUAAUUGUGACACAAAUUAAAACAAAUGAAUAUAUUAGUAAAUAUGAUGAUACUGCAGAUUUCUAUUUUAUGAUAUAAAAUUUAAAAUUUAGAAGUGGUUCUAUGUAUAUGUAUAGAGAACAUCUUUUUAGAUUUAAAAAUUUUACUUAUUUAACAACUUAUGAUUUAUAGAGAGCAUAUUAAUUAAUAGAUAAAGCAUAAAAUAAUAUAUAACAAUAUUUAGAUUUUACAAAUUCAUUUUAAGAAAACAAAUAUUUAUUAUCUGAUGAAUUUAUUUCAUUCUUUUAGUAUUAAUAAAAUAAUAAUUUAUGUGAAUUUAUAGACUAAGUAAAUUAAUUAAUAAUUAUUUAUAGAUUUAUUUAAAUUUUAUGUCUUUGUAUUGUGAAAAAUCAUUUGAUGGUUUAUUGAAAUAAGGUUCAAUAUCUGUUCUUAAUUUUAUGUCAAAUUAAAUAAAAAAUUAAUAGGCUAUUAAUAAUUUUACAAAAAGAGUUGAUGUAGAUCUUUAUGAAUUAGAAGGAUCUUAAAUAGUAAUGAGAUCUUUUUUUAGAAUUUCAGAUGAAUUUUAAAUUGGAUUAAAAUAAAUAACAACUGCAUAAAAUUAAUUCACACUCAUCAUUACUAUAAUAUUCAUUACAUAUUUAACAAUUUUCUUAUAUGUCAUAUUAUUUAUAGUUAAAAAACUAUUAAUAAAGGAAUAUGCAUUGUUAAGAAGAAUAGUUUAUUUGAUUCCAUAAUAGAUUGUAUUAGGAGAUGAAUCAUUUGAAAGAUUUCUUAAAUAAUUAGCAUUAACUUAAGAAUUAAAAUGA